UUUUGACUUUCAUUAUAAUCGCCAUUUUUUAACGCUUUGUAAUGAGUCAAUCUAACCAUGCAUUUUCUAAUGUUUUGUUGAAAAAAGUCCAACUUGUCUUGAGAUUUGUCCGUUUUCAUAUUGUAGGCAAUAAGUGUUUCCUGUCGUGGGUUCCUGUGUGUGGGGGGGUGAGGCUUAAUGACGUAAUGGACCGUGACGACCAUGAAACAUUUGAAAAACAACACAUGUACAUAUGUUAUUAGCACAACUGGCAUUGACAGCUGUGGCUGUAGGCAACCUCCUGAUGUAGCUUUUUAUCAACUCCAAAAGAUUGCAGUAGUUGCAUUUGAGGUAUGGGAUGCCUACAUUGUCAACUAAAACUCCCAUUGUUUGUAUUUUAUGCGUCAUCCUGAUAACUAGCAAACAAACAGAUAGUUGUGUCUAUUAGCCCUGCACUCUCCUUCACACUCUCUCUCUCCCGCCUGCCUCCCCCCAUUUAGCCUCUCUCUCCACCUCCCCUCUCCCUGUCAUUUUCUGCCCUCAUUUCCGCGGGUGAAAGUCCCCCCGGGAGGCAGGCUGCACAGCUCGGAGGGAGAGAGCCGGGAGGAUGGAGGGAAGGAAAAUGACAGCGACAGCUUUGUAGGGCGCUGGGGUUGUUUUGUGUGUGUGUGUGUGUGUGUGUGUGUGGAAAGUGAACGGAGGAAAGAAGAAUAGGGGUAAGAGGAGGACGCACGUUUAGAAAGAGCAUAGAAGACCACAAAGGAAGCAACAUAAGGUUUGACGUGUCGCCAUGACAACAGAGGCAGGCUCUGAGACGGAGGUGAAGGAGAACGCUGAGGAAAAGUCAGCUGACCAGCUCGACCAAUCGGAAAAGACCACAGAGGGGACCCAGGAAGUGGCCGCCACCGAGGCAGAGGAGAGGCAGACGGAGAAGCAGAAGGAGAAAGAGGGCAAAGGAAUCACUCGCUACCUGCCGACAUGGUUUAAGAAGCAGAAGUCUCAAAGCCAGACCUCCCCAACCAAGGAGGUCCCACCCACAGAGGAGCUUUCCAUCAAGGUGAACCAGGAGGAAGCGCACGUUCCAGAGGUCAACGGGCACGCAGAGGAAGCGGAAGAGAAGGAAGUGGUCAGUCCGCAGCAGCAGCAGCAGCAAGUGAAGGAAAAAGAAGCAGAGUCCCACUCCAACGCCAGCGCCGACACCGAGCCUGCCGGGGAAGGGAAAGUGGACGAGAGCGCCCAGAAAAGUCCAGAGCGGACGGAGGAGACGACUAAAGAAGGAGCCAAGGAGGAGGUGGACAAGGAGGGAGGCCAAGGCCAAACUUUCAUUUUCCAGUCGCCACUUCGUUUGGUGAGGAAGAACAAGAUGAAGCUGGUGGUGUGUCACGUGACCCUGCUGGACGGGUCAGACUUCACUUGCGAAGUGGAGAAACGUGCCAAGGGCCUGUUCUUAUUCUUCAAAGUGUGCGAGCAUCUUAAUCUACUGGAGAAAGACUACUUUGGUCUGACUUACAAGGACCACCACGAGCACAAGUGUUGGUUGGAUCCCACCAAGGAAAUCAAGAGACAGAUCCGCAGUAACAACUGGCAGUUUGCAUUCAAUGUCAAGUUUUACCCACCUGACCCCUCUUUGCUGUCUGAAGACAUCACAAGGUACCUAUUGUGUCUGCAGCUACGUGAAGAUGUGGCGUCGGGUCGACUUCCCUGUUCCUUUGUCACCCACUCUCUGCUGGGCUCGUACACACUGCAGGCCGAAAUGGGCGACUACGAACCCGACCAAUGUCGUCCUCUGGACUACAUCAGCCAGCUGACUUCUGCCCCCAAUCAGAGUAAAGAGAUGGAGGAGAAGAUUCUGGAGCUCCACAAGUCCCACAAGGGAAUGACACCAGCACAGGCUGACUGCCAGUUUCUGGAAAAUGCCAAGAAGUUGUCCAUGUACGGGGUCGACCUGCACCACGCCAAGGAUUGCGAGGGUGUGGACAUCCUCCUGGGGGUGUGCGCUAAUGGACUCCUGGUCUACAAGGACAGGCUGCGGAUAAAUCGCUUUGCCUGGCCCAAAAUACUCAAGAUUUCUUACAAGAGGAACAACUUCUACAUCAAGAUCAGACCGGGAGAGACGGAGCAGUUUGAGAGCACGGUGGGAUUCAAACUCCAGAAUCAUCGAUCAGCCAAACGGCUGUGGAAGGUCUGCGUGGAGAACCACAGCUUCUUCAGACUCAACGCCCCAGAACAACCCACCAAGGCCCGCUUCUUGACUCUGGGCUCCAAGUUCCGCUACAGCGGACGCACGCAGAACCAAACCCGCCUGGCCAGCACGCUCAUAGACCGCCCCGCCCCUGCUUUUGAACGCACCUCGUCAAAACGCAUCAGCCGUAGUUUAGAUGGAGCUCCAAUGAUCAGCAUCACAGAUACCAGCAGGGAGGCUGAGAACGGACGCGAACCUCACCUGGACCUCCACUCUGACUCCAAGAGUCCGGUGAGAGUGCGUGGGGAUAAUAUUUAUGUGAGGCACAGUAAAUUGAUGUUAGAGGACCAUGAUAAGACCCAAGAGGAGGUACUGAAACACCAAGCUAGCAUUAGCGAGCUAAAGCGCUCCUUUAUGGAGGCGCCGCCCCCCUCCCCUCCUCAGCUCAACCUGUGGGAGCAGCGUCUGACCUCGUCUCCGGCCACGGCGACGCGUGCACAACAGCAGACAGUGGUGACUGACACGGAGGCCGCCGCAGCUGCUAACGGCGACGCCAAAGAACCCGCCAAGACGACGGAAGUUGAAAUUGAGGAAACGGUUGUCGUCCAAGAGAUUUCCAAAGUGCCCAAAGCCGCAGAGGAGCUUCACACACAGGAAGUGAAAGAUGGAGCGGGGCUCCAGAAGAAGCGCGAGAGCGUCUCGUCGGAGAGCGAGAGCGACGACGAAGCUGAAUAUCACCCCAAUGUCUCUGUGUCCAUCUCCCACACUCAAAUACCCGAGGAGAAAGAGGAGGAUGAGGAAGAAGAGCAGAAGGAGGAGAAGCUCGGUGCCGCUUCCUCGCCUGUUGAGCCUGAGCAGGCCGCAGCCGCUGUAGUGGAAGAAGAGAAGCAAAGCCCAUUGGAGGGGAAGAAGGAAGUGAGCACAGAAGAACCGAUGGUGACGCCCGACAAAGCUCCCAAUGGAAUCACCUCGCAUGAAGAAGCGCUGUCCGUUACCGCGGAGGAAGAAGAGGUGCCCAAAGUGAACGGGGAGGCCUCGGUGGCGGAGGCGCGGCCGCAUGUUAUUUGUUGUACUGAGCCGCCUGUGGUAAAGACAGAAAUGGUGACAAUAUCAGACACGUUUGCGGCGCAGAAAACCGAGAUAGCCACCAAGGAGGUGCCCAUCGUACAUACGGAAACCAAGACCAUCACAUACGAAGCCGCACAGCUGGACGGAAGUGGCGACGGCGAGCCUGGAGUGUUAAUGACCGCUCAGACAAUCACCUCGGAAUCUCUGUGCACCACCACCACCACGCACAUCACCAAGACGCUAAAGGGCGGCCUGUCGGAGACCAGGAUCGAGAAACGCAUCGUCAUCACCGGCGACUGUGACAUCGACCACGACCAGGCUCUGGCCCAGGCCAUUAAGGAGGCCAAAGAGCAACAUCCUGACAUGUCUGUCACCAGAGUGGUGGUUCAUAAAGAAACUGAACUGGCCGAGGAGGACGAUUGACGCAACUCAGAGCUGAAGAGCCCAACCAGAAGGUCCACUCUCCGCUGAAGACCAUCAUCAUCAUCACCAUCACCCUUGCGACCACAAUGACCUUGAUAAGAGCGAGAGAGAGAGAACACCUCCUCCAAGUUGCUCUCACAAAGAGAAAUCCUCCAAGACGUGAAAAUAACGCCAACACACUAAGGGAGCGAAAGAAAGCCCACUUUUGUUAGCUUAACAUUUUAUAGUGUUUUUUUUUUUUAUAGUGUUUAUUUUAACUGUUUUCCAAAUGAGAGAAAGAGGGGAUGCACUGAUACAUCAGAAUCACCACCAUACGUUUGUCCUACACACAUUCCUCAUCUGCCGUAUUGGUUUGCCGUUAGCGUAAGACUGCAGCUCCCUCCCUGGCGUGUGUGAAAUGUGCAGUACUACCCACAUAUAACCACAACUAAUGGUACCAACAGGUGGGAUUCCAACCACUCAUUGCUGAACAUUGUUUCCCCCCUCCCCUCUACUCUUCAUCUACAUUCCUGGCGUGUUCACAUUUCAAGCUUGAUAAACUUUUUAUACUUAAUAGGAAUGAUUUGAAGCGAAAAAUAGGUAUGUAUAGUUCCUGUUCCUGUGCAGGGAGGCAAGAGAGCGCACGUUUGUUUGGGAGAGAACGUUUCUAAGUCCUUGUUUGACCCCCGCCUGGAGGGAAGUGAUGGGACAGGAGGCUACAGUACAUGAUGGCUUUGGAAGUGUAUAGCUCACAUGGCUUCAUUUUGUGUUUAGUUCCUCAUUAGCAGGCAAGUUUUCAGGUAUAUUAGAUGAUGGUUUACCUUGACAUGCUUCCGCCGUCAGCAGAAGUGUCACACUACUGCUGUGACGUGCAGGGUCCCCCCCAUGGGGGCAACACAUUUUGCAGAAAAAGCCACAUUCUUUGCAAAUGCACAUCAUUGCCGUAGAGGCGAUUUAAGCUAACCUGUCAAUCAUGUUGGUGUCAUGAUACCGCUGUUGCCUUUUGCUGCAGAGGGUACUAAAAAUAUACUUCCAAAGCAUGAUCACCUAACACCGUCUAAUAUACCUAAAAGAAAAGAAACUAAACAUGUAUUGUAGGUAUAGAUUAGGAGUGCACGAUCAUUAUCGGGAAUUAUGACAUCAUACAGAUUAAAAAUAGCUCAGUUAACCAUUCAUUUCAAAAAACGCUCCGAUGAGGUCAGAUUACCCGUGCUGUGCAGGUGUACAAAUCAAGUGCUCCUUUAUUCCCCUGCUUGUGACGUUACCAGCCGCAAUUUCCCCCGAGCUCACUUGUAAACAAAGACAUUUCAGAAACAUUUCCCAUGCUAGUUGUACCAAAUGCUCUGAUGAAGGGGGGAAAAAACAUUGAGCACACAAAAAAAACUUACCAGCCACCUGAAACGGCAGCGCGUUUGAUUACUGCAAAAGGUUAGCCAGAGACCUCCGUGGCGUCACAGCAGCUGCUCGGAGCGUGUGCCCGAAUAUAGUGCACUCUGCUGGGCCACAGCAGGUGGCUCCCUCCGCUCUAUACUCUAGUUGUCCUGGUAGUAGUCAUGUGUUAGUAGUCAUGUUACCAUUUUUGACUAGGACAAAUCAACAGGUACACUUGGUCAAAUCCUGAUUUGUUCCAGGACUUCUUACCUCCAGAUGUACACAAACUACACUUACAUCUACAUCUUAAAAGUUAUUGGUUAUCUGUAUCAUAUCGGUCUUGAGAAGCAGAAAGUUAUCGAUGUCGGUUUGAAAAAAUAAACGAUAUCGUGCAUCUCUAGUAAAGGUCACGUUAUCAGUGUGUAUAGACUAGAAUCAUUUUUGCGCUUGACUAUAUGACAGUGCGAGUUAUGUGAUGUCAUUAAAAAGAUGUUUAAAGUCAGCCUGUUUUAGACCCACCGGUGCUGCUUUUUACACACAAUCGGCAGCAGUGAACGCAGCACUAAAGGGGAAAGGUGCGCAUUUUUGAGCAUUAGAGGCACAAUCGUGACUAGCAUUAAAGUAAAUAUGGAAAAAUGUAACAUUCCGUGUUUUUCGAUUGAGCCACACUGUCCUGUCUAGCCUGGAACAAAAAAAACAUUUGAAUUGGAUUUGUUUUGAGUACACUUUUCAUUGGAAUUAUUUUAACUUCGUUAUUUUGACUGUAUUGCAAUGACAUUCCUCCUCCUUGCAAAGAAGAAUUUUCAAAUAAAAAGUUACAAAAGCUAAAAAAAAUGCAUAUGAUGUCACACAAUAUCUGUACUGGCAGUAUAUUUUUCUCAGCCUGUGGUGUAAAUGGGCAGAUUUUCUUGUGCCCUCUUUGAUAUGUUUUUUUUUUUAUGAACACCACUUGAAUCUUCUUUCUAUCUCCGGUAGAAGCAAAGUGUUUUAAUUACCCAGCUUUCCUGGUAUUCCUGGUCAUUGUUAGGUGUGCUUUCACCAGGAUUCCUGAAGCCAAGGCAGCUCCACAAAGUCACUAAUUGCUGCCUUUUGAAGAAAAAAAAAGCUGUAAAAUGAAAUUGUCAGCAACAGUCAAAGCCAGUUGCAGAAUCUUUGUGUAUUUUAACUGCAAAACAUAAUAUGGAGUCCAGUGCUCCACUGUGUCCACAAAGAGGUUCCUGUCUAUCUCGACACUUAAUUGUCCUGUGUAUCACUUUCCCCAAAACACCCAAAACAACUCCUACCUUGUGUAACACUUUAAAUAAAGGAUUGUAAUACUC